ACGCUGCUGGAGCAGGCUGUUCCUGCUGGUGUUACACCUGUAACGUGGGCUGCCUCCGUGGUGAAACUGGGUGGUAAAGGUCCUGGCGGGAUGGGCUACAAAGCCUGCCCCAAGCCCAGCUGACCCUCGCGGACCCAGCUGUGUUUCUCGAGUUUGGAGAUGGCAUAGCUCCGAGUAGAGGGUGCAGCAACGACUGGGCACAGCGCAGGGCAACGAAUGUUGCCAGGGUGGGAGAGUCUCGGUGCGCAGGGCAGAGCUCAAGGUCCUGACUCCUGGGUAAGGGUGUUUGUUCUCUGUCUCAAGGGCAUCUGUAUUUCUGACGCAAGUGGGAUAGAGUUAGUUCCUUGGAUGGACUUCUGCUGUCUUUGGGAGCACAUGUGCAUAGAGUUCCUGGUGUGGGAAGUGUUUGAUUGGCAGCUCUCUUUGGGACUGGCAACAGCUCCCCUGUAAGGGGACCCUUUCUUUGUCCCUCUCCCAGGCCUGGCGGGCAAGAGGUGGCCUCUCUGCAGGGGAGCGAUGUUUUUCAGAGUUAAGCCUGAGAUCCACGCUCCUCAGCAGGAGAUAGGAGCUUCUGGGCCAGUAUGGCGCUCUUCAGAGCGUGCCAAGCUGAGCCGGAUGCAGCGCACAGGGAAGAGCUGCUCUCUGUGGCGUGGGGGUGGCAGGGCAAUUGUUAUCUUGUUCCAACCCUCUGUUUAGACUGUUUACUCAGGUGGACUUUGGUUUGCUGCAAGAGGAAGCUCAAACCCACAGGUAGGAUGAUAUUGUGUCCCAACCUGUUGUGAACCUUGGAGCCUUCCUCCAGGGGUGGUUUUGAUGCCUCUUCCCCCCUUCUGGUACGCUCUUUGGGCCCAGUGUCCUUGCAGCCUCUCGGAUGGCUCUCCUCCAGUUAGAGCCUUGAAGGGUUCAGGUUCAAGCCCACCCUUUCCUAGGAUGCUAGCAGAAGCUGUGUUUUGGAAGCUAUGAUGUGCUCCAUGUACUCCAGCACACAUGCAGGGAAAUGAUUCCAUAAUUCCUGUAAAAAGACAAAUUCCAAGAAGACAGGAAACACCAGGAAAGUUGGGGGGAAGGGAAGGGAGGAAGGGUUCUUAAGCCUGCAGAUUGCUAAACUGCAUACCAUGGCACGUUCCUGACCACAGGAAACUCGAGCACUUUACAGAUCCUCUAGGUAGACCCUUGGGGAGCCUGGGAUAUAACUUGUGGACUUCUGUUAUCCUGAGCUGUUGAUCCUUCUGACAUUUUUUUACUUGCUUCAGCUCUUCCAGGGGCUUGCCCUCAAAUCUUGUCCACAAACCCAGUGGAGUGUGUGAGCUCUUCUCUGAUUCCUAUCCUCUUGUAAUUGAGCUGCUUCUGGGGACAGGUUUCUCUGAAGAUGUCACUCACUUCUGUAUGUUAAACCCUUAGCUCCAUGCAUCCCCUCAUAGCCUGCUGGAAAUGCGUGGGGAGACAGUCCUUGGAAGGCUUUGCAAGGAGUCAUUCUCAGCCUUCAGUUUGCUAACUGAAGUUGGGCUGCUGGCUCUCUUGGUUUCAUGUCUUUGCUGGAAUACUGCUCAAGGAAGAAAAACAGAGGAACAUAAAGGACUGAGGAGAUGAAUUUGUGGUACAGUGAGUAAUGAUGUGAGCAGGCAGCUGCCUGGCCAGGGUUCCCCUUCUGACCUGUUCUCCUGGCUGCGUGCAGGCAUUUCCCUGUUCUGCUCUGGUGCUCAUCUCUCUAACAUUACACAACCUCUUCUCUCCAGAGGGAGGUCUCGAGGCUCUUGGCCUUUGGAAAAGCAGCUGGGGUUGUUGAUCUGGGUUUCCCAAGCUAGACUGUGUGGUCAUGCUGUGGCCAGGAUACUGGGUUCUCGCACAAAUGGUUUUUCCACUUCUCUGGCUUAAAGUGCAGGGAGUUAGUCCAAAGGCAUUUUUUUUCCUCCCUUUCUUCAAGGGGCUAGUGCUAGACCAUGGGCUGGAGAGGAAAGGAGAUCCGGGAGUAAUGAGACUGUGGUUCAGUUCUCUGCUCUGCACCUGAGCAGUACUUGAGGCUUUGCACAAAGGUACGAUUUUCGUUUCUCUUCCAUCCCUGCCUUCUCCCCACCACCACCAGCCUGAGCUGAACCUGAAGGAGUUUUAGAAGUCCAAUUGGUGUUCCCUGUGUGAUCGCUGUUUGCACUCCACUUGCCGUAGAGAUGACUAUCAGAUCCCUCUCAGUCCCUGGAGGCUGUGCGAGGUAGGCGUGCUAGGUCCAAGGAAUGCCCCUUCCUAGGGCAGAAGCUGGCACGAGCAGCUUUUUGGAGCGGCCCCUGGGAUGGCUGUGUUGCUUGUAGGAGAAGAGGCCUAGCAAGGCAGGGACUGCAAUAUAACUAAAAUGGAGCAGCCCUCCACCUUCUGGGAGCCUGUGCCCUACGGUGAAGGGAAGACGGACGGAUUGCUGCAGCAGCCCAGGCUCCGUGGGGCAGGAGCAUCCUUGGAGCACACCAGGAUUUUUCUUGUUCCCUAGUGCAGCCCACUAGUGGUCAGUGGGGCUCCAAACUGGGACGUGAUGUUUUCUGGGCUCUGCAAUAGUGAAGACCAUUCCUUUUGUUGCAGCUUUAAAGAAUGUGAUGACAACGUUCCUGUCCCUGUGUAAUAUUGUCAGGCACUAAGUAUUACAGAAAGGGGUGGGGAGGGAGAACAACCAUAAAUGUUGCGUCUAACUUGAGUAGCGCAGUCUCCUCAGUUGUUAAACAGCGGCUUGAAAACAAAGUGGAUGGUUUUAGUCCAAGGUCAGUACAAAGAUGUGGGGAAGUUUCUUUUUCCCUUUUGAUUACUGGAAAAGUUAUGCUGGAAACACAGGGGAGAAGGCACAGCUACUGGUCUUUUAACGCUUGCAUUGCCAGUCCUUUCAGCUUUCCUUGCUAAUAAGGCUGAAGUUACUUGAUACUCUGGGUUAGUGCUGUGAGGCGUUAUGGCAGGGUCGAUCCUGUUAGGUGCUAAAUGAGCAGGGAAUAUAGGAGAGCAUCUGUCCAAAGAUGUUACCUGUGAAAUUCUGAAAGCAGCCUUUUCUCCCCUGUAGAGUUGCUAGAAGUAGAAAUGGAGGGUUAUUCUGCACCCUCCUAUAGUAAUUGGACUUCUAAUCAAGGCAAUAAGUUAUAAUCUGAAGAGGUUCUCCCAAGUCUGCUGCUGUGCUUUACUCUUUCCUCUGAAAUAUCUGGUGCCAGCUGUUCAUAGGAAUAAGAUGUCAGGAGGGACCUGGCACCUCCUAAUUCCUCUGCUUUCCUAGGAAAGUGUGUUGAAUGUGUUCAGGAGCCAGGUGUAGCAGUGAGGUGCCCUGUGCCCAUCAGCCACCUGUGGGACUGGAUGGUCCGUAGCGAGAGCCCUUGGAAGCUGUGUGGGUGGGAUGACUUGCUCCUAACACUGCUUUUCUGCAAGAUGGGGCCCAGCAGCCCAUGCUCUGCCACAGCGAGGCUCACGGGUUGGGGUGGUCCUUUCUCUCUACUGUGAAUGCAAGAUUGUGGGGACAUCUGUGCAAGCAGCCUCCUUGGGAAGCAGAUUUUCAGGCAAACAGAGUUUCAGGCAGUGCUGUAGCAUGGCAUGCUUCUCAAAGACUUGCUAGUGGUGCUAAAAGGCUCUCUUCUGGAACAGAUGACACCAAUUCCCCAGGAGUUACUGUGAGAUAAUAGGAGUCUUUUUAACUCUCUCCCUAGGAGGGAUUGAACAAUUUGGGAGAGAGAAGCAAGCAUGCUGGGAAUGGUGAGUGAAGUGCUCCACAGGUCUCCUUGGAGGCGUUAAACAUUAGAAAAUUUAAUGCUGCGGUAUUCAGGCAUGCAUUUUCUAGGGAUUUGGCUUUAUUUGGGAGGACAGGAGGGAUGGGGUGAAUUCAUUAAAAUAUCAUGGUGUUUGUUACCCUGUGUUGGAGUAAGGUAGCUAAAAAUGCUGUCUUUUAACUGAACUGAUCACUCAAGUGUUGGUAAAUGGCAGUUGUACCAUAUGCAAAGGUAGUGUAGUGCUAGUGCUGUGGCGUGCUGAGCUGCCUGUGGGACUGGAGGGCAGAAGGACCUUGCCAGCCAGAGCUGCCCUUUGCUUGCUCGGUGGCCUUAGGCAAUUCACUUAGGUAGGAUCCAGUUUCAAACAUGGCCUCGGAUAAGUUACUUUUUGGCAUCCCUGUUUGUAGGUGCUGAGCUUGAGGAUGUUUAACUAGAGGAUGGUCUUCAAGGCACCUGAGCAUUGUGGAGAUUUCUGGCUGCUCAUACUCAUAAGAAUCACAGCCAAAAUUCAUUGCUUCUGAAAAUGUGGACUUUCUCUCCCAAACCACCCUUAACUCACCUUUACAGGUACUCGCGUACGGGGGUGAUGGUGACGAGGUGCUUUGAAGACUGAGGGCUCUGUAUAAGCACAAAGUGCAAGUGCCUUUAUCCCGAAGCGCUGCUGGCAGUGCUCCAGCCCUCUGCUGCGAGGGUGUCCAGAUGCACGCGGCCCCCUUGGAGCCCUCCUGCCUGGUGGCUGGGAAGGACUGGCCGGCUUGUACCGCUCUGGCCAAACCACGUCCAAGGGCCUCUCAGCGUGUCUGAGACACUUCCGUUUCCAACUCAGCAGCCUGUGAGGCUGGGGGGUUCUCCUGGCUCCUUGGUACGGCUGGGGAACUGGGGCGAGUGGAGGCUAAGAGGCUGUGCACCAAAGUGUUCUUGGUUUAGCUCUUUCCAGCAGGAGAGACAUUAAAAAACAUAAUCCCCUCUUAGACAGUAACUCAGCCGGCUGGACCCCCAGCGUGGAUGCAAUCAUUCACGCUCCGUGGAGUAUGUUGUACGAGCAAAACAACUUCCUGGCUGACUGUAGCCGUUCCCCCAGGGGGAUUCAGGUGGGCCAGGGUGGCAGCAAAGGCUGGUGACAGCGUGAGGAAGCGGGCCCAGGAGUGCCAGAGCAACACAGUGACCCAAACAGCUGCCUCUCUAUGCACGUACCCCCCUACUCUGAGCAGGCAGGCGACAGCAAAGAUGAAAGUGGGUCCCACAGCAGCAGAGAUGUUCUUGGGGAGAGGAAUUUUGGCAGGAAAGCUGAAUGAGUUGUGGGGAGGAAGGCAAUGAAAUAAUUUAUUUCCCUGGGAACUGUUUUGCUUCACACAAUGUGAAGUUGAGAGGCUGGGCUUGGAGCUAGACCACACAGGCUUAGUCUCCACUGGAUAAAGCCUAAGAAUGGAGGCUGAAUUGUUCUUGCACCCCAGACGGCACUCCCUGGAGGAGCUGGCUGAGGACAACACAAAGAUGGAGGAAGCAGAAUGACUUCUCUGCUCCUCAGUGCAGGCUAGUUCUUUCCUGGAAGUCCCUGUGGUAGGUCAGGGCAGCCUGGGCUGGUGGGAGCUCUGGGCCCUGAGUUCCUUUCUCUCUUCAGGAAAGAAGAGCUGCUCUCUCCAGGCUCUGAAAGCCAAGGCUGUGGUUACCUCCGAUGCAACGGUUAGAGCGUGGCUGCAGAACUGGUUGUUCCCUGUUACACCAAGCAUCAUGUCGUCCAAACCUAAACAAUAGCUGUAACUGUACCAGCCGCACAAGCGCAGGUCGGGGCCAAGGAUUCUCAACGCCCCCGUGAUGAGUUCAUCCGGAGAGUCCCCGCGCUGCAAAGGCAACGUUCUGUUGGGACUUGUUCCCUGCUGGGAAAUUGUGCAGAAACUCAGAAUUAAAGGUGCCUUUUGUUGCCUUGGCCAGGUACCCUCCUUGGUGCUGAUUCAUCCUGCUCCUUCUGGUAGGAAAGAGGAGGUGAAGAUAUUCCGUGCCUUAAUCUUAGGGGAGCUGGAGAGGGGCCAGAGCCAAUUCCAGGCGCUCUGCUUCAUCACACGGCUUCACCGUAACGAGAUCAUCCCCAGUGAGUCUAUGGCAAAGCUGCGGCAGAAAAAUCCCAGGACAGUGCGGCAGGCUGAGGAGGUGCGGGGCCUGGAACAUCUCAGCAUGGAUGUAGCUGUCAACUUCAGCAAAGGUGCCCAGCUGAGCUCUCACAUCCACAAUGUCUGUGCAGAGGCCAAAGAAGCAAUCUACACCCGAGAGGAAGAUGUCAAAUUUUGGCUGGAGAAAGGGGUGGAUGGCUCUAUGUUUGAGGUCCUGCCCCAGACGUCAGACCUCCCCGACCUGCAGCGUUGCAAGCUGUGCGCGGACCGCUGGAAACCCUGUAUUUGCAGCUACUCGCUGAACAUCGAGUGGUACCCGUGCAUGCUGAAGUACUGCAAGACUCGGGAUGCUGGGGGCAAGGUUUCUUCUUACAAGUGUGGCAUCCGCAGCUGCCAGAAGGGCUACACCUUCGAUUUUUAUGUGCCGCAGAAGCAGCUAUGUCUGUGGGACGAGGAGACCUAGCAGCGCCAGGCCAGGCUUUUUCAAGGGGCAGCUCGCCUGCCUCCUGCCCCCCUUUUUAUGAUGCUAAGGGCGUCCUGGAGUCUGCCGCUUCCAAGGAAGGAAUACGGUCCACAGAGGUGCCUUGUGCUAGGAGAGCUUUGUGUGUGCCUUUCCUUCUGGCCCCUUGCACCCUCUCCCCACCUAAUACUGCCUCAUACUGUGAUAAGCAAGCUCAGCUACCUGCACGUUAAUGCUCUCCUGCCAGCUGCCAAGAGGUGCCGCUUCCUGAAAGAAGCGGGAGACGUGUGUUUCUGGGGUGAAGGCCUGGGUGGGGUGUGUUUUGCCCUGCUCUAGAUUUAGCAGAUGUGAAGGGAGGCAGCUCUAAUUAACAGGCAUCAGCCUUGAGCAUCCUUAUGGGUGGUCGGGGCAGGGAGAGAAGUGGUUUGACAAUCUGAGCUGUCAAACAUCUCUGCUACUGAAGAAGCCCCUUCACUGAUUUUUGCCACCUUAUGGUGACACAACAGCGUUUCCCAAUGGGAAAACAGCUAAUUUAUGGGACCACAUACUCAAACAAUGUAGGUACGAAACCUCCCCAAAGCAAGAGCCUGCUCGUAGCUUUUUCUAGUUUCUGACUGGCUGUUAUAUCCUUCCUGUGGCUA